AGGGCUCUGGUCCCACCCAUUGCACACCCAUUUACUUUGGUUGGGUUCGAAGCGGCUUUCGAACGCAAGUCAACUCGCAGACCUUUGAGCCAUAACCGAAUGCGUUUCCUGGGAAUGAAAAGGGAACAACUGGGAAGUGUUUCUUUUUAUGUUUGAUGGGGGUUCAAUGUAGCGGGAGUGACCGGGCCAUUCACUGCAAGCAAUACCACUGUUUUAGCUAGCCAGCUGAAGAGUGUGCAGAGCUCUGCAAACCUUUCCAUGCUGAGUUUUCUGGGGCUGUGGUGGACAUCGGUCGCCAUGAGAGAAUAGGCACGACGCUGUGUGAAGGAAAUGGCUUUUGAUUUGCCCACUUUCCACUUCCUGGAAUCAGACUUGGCUCCCCUCUUCAGGAUUUGAACGGUGUAUGGGAGAUACCUGGUUUCGCCACUGAGGAUUUGCUGCUUUCUUCUCUCCGGUUGGGACACCCUUUUUUUACCCCCCUGUAGCCCCCCCCUGCGGUGUGCAGCAGUGGAGACAUGGCCAAGAACUCGUACAGCGGGGUGAAAAACUCCAUGGCAGAGCCCAACCACGAUGGGGACUUCGGGUGCUCCCUCAAAGAGCUCCGGUCUCUCAUGGAACUGCGGUCUGCCGAAGGAUUACAUAAAAUACAGGAAACUUACGGAGGUGUUCAAGGACUCUGUACCCGAUUGAAAACCUCACCCAUAGAAGGUUUAAGCGGACAGCCCGUGGACAUCAGUAAAAGAAAAGAAACGUUUGGACAGAAUUUAAUACCUCCGAAAAAGCCAAAAACAUUUCUCCAAUUAGUGUGGGAAGCGUUGCAGGAUGUAACACUAAUUAUUCUAGAAGUGGCAGCCAUAGUUUCGUUAGGCCUUUCUUUUUAUAGACCUCCAGAUGCGGAGAGAGCACACUGCGGGAACGCAGCCGGGGGCGUGGAGGACGAGGGCGAAGUGGAGGCGGGCUGGAUCGAGGGCGUGGCCAUCCUCCUGUCCGUCAUCUGCGUGGUGCUAGUGACGGCCUUCAACGACUGGAGCAAGGAGAAGCAGUUCCGGGGGUUACAGAGCCGGAUCGAACAAGAGCAGAAGUUUACUGUGGUCAGGGGGGGUCAGGUCAUCCAGAUCCCCGUGGCCGAGAUAGUCGUCGGGGACAUCGCACAAAUCAAAUACGGUGACCUCCUGCCGACUGACGGUGUGCUCAUUCAAGGCAAUGAUCUCAAAAUCGAUGAGAGCUCCCUCACGGGGGAGUCCGACCAUGUCAAGAAGAUGCUGGAUAAAGACCCCAUGCUGUUAUCAGGCACGCACGUCAUGGAAGGUUCUGGAAAGAUGGUGGUCACCGCCGUGGGGGUGAACUCUCAAACUGGAAUAAUCUUCACUUUACUGGGGGCUGGAGAAGGUGACGAAGAUGACGAUGAGGAAAAGGAGGAGAAGAAGAAGGAAAAGGAGAAAAAGAAGGAGAAGAAAAAUAAAAAACAGGAUGGCUCUGCUGAAACCCGCAAGAAAGCUAAAGCCCAGGACGGCGCCGCCGUGGAGAUGCAGCCGCUGAACAGCGAGGACGGGGGCGAGCGGGAGAAGAGGAAGUCCAACCUGCCCAAGAAAGAGAAGUCCGUUCUGCAGGGGAAACUGACCAAGCUGGCGGUGCAGAUAGGCAAAGCAGGCCUGGUCAUGUCGGCCAUCACCGUCAUCAUCCUGGUGGUCCUCUUCGUGGUGGACACCUUCUGGAUCCAGGGCCUCCCGUGGCUGAAGGACUGCACCCCCAUCUACAUCCAGUUCUUCGUCAAGUUCUUCAUCAUCGGCGUCACGGUGCUAGUCGUCGCCGUGCCCGAGGGUCUUCCGCUCGCCGUCACCAUCUCGUUGGCGUACUCCGUCAAAAAAAUGAUGAAGGAUAACAAUUUGGUGCGACAUCUUGACGCCUGCGAGACCAUGGGCAAUGCCACCGCCAUCUGCUCCGACAAAACUGGAACCCUGACCAUGAACAGGAUGACCGUGGUGCAGGCGUUCAUCGCCGAGAAGCACUACCGGAAGGUUCCGGAGCCCGAGCUCCUCUCGGGCGGCGUCAUGGACCUGCUGAUCGUGGGGAUCGGGGUCAACUGCGCGUACACCACCAAGAUCAUGUCGCCGGAGAAGGAGGGCGGGCUCCCGCGUCAGGUGGGGAACAAGACCGAAUGUGCCUUGCUGGGGUUUGCCUUGGACCUGAAAAGAGACUACCAGGCCAUCCGCAACGAAAUCCCGGAGGAGCGGCUCUACAAGGUCUACACCUUCAACUCCGUCAGGAAGUCCAUGAGCACGGUGCUGAAGAACGCCGACGGAGGCUACCGGAUGUUCAGCAAAGGGGCCUCCGAGAUCCUGCUGAAAAAGUGCUGUAAGAUCCUGACGGCGAGCGGCGAGGCCAGGUUGUUUCGGCCCCGCGACCGCGACGACAUGGUGAAGAAGGUGAUCGAGCCCAUGGCCUCCGAGGGCCUGCGGACCAUCUGCCUGGCCUACCGCGACUUCCCCGCCUCCGAGGGCGAGCCCGACUGGGACAACGAGAACGACAUCGUCACCAGCCUCACCUGCGUGUGCGUGGUGGGCAUCGAGGACCCCGUCCGGCCGGAGGUGCCGGACGCCAUCCGGAAGUGCCAGCGCGCCGGCAUCACCGUGCGCAUGGUCACCGGGGACAACAUCAACACGGCCCGCGCCAUCGCCACCAAGUGCGGCAUCCUGCUGCCCGGCGACGACUUCCUGUGCAUGGAGGGCAAGGAGUUCAACCGCAGGAUCCGCAACGAGAAGGGCGAGAUCGAGCAGGAGCGCAUCGAUAAGAUUUGGCCCAAGCUCCGCGUACUGGCCAGGUCCUCUCCCACCGACAAGCACACGCUCGUGAAAGGUAUAAUCGACAGCACCGUGGUGGAACAGAGGCAAGUGGUGGCGGUCACAGGAGACGGCACCAACGACGGCCCCGCUUUGAAGAAGGCCGACGUGGGAUUUGCGAUGGGCAUCGCCGGCACGGACGUAGCGAAAGAGGCCUCUGACAUCAUCCUGACGGACGACAACUUCAGCAGCAUCGUGAAGGCGGUGAUGUGGGGGCGGAACGUGUACGACAGCAUCUCCAAGUUCCUGCAGUUCCAGCUGACCGUCAACGUGGUGGCUGUGAUCGUGGCCUUCACUGGAGCCUGCAUCACGCAGGACUCCCCUCUGAAGGCGGUGCAGAUGCUGUGGGUGAACCUGAUCAUGGACACCUUCGCCUCGCUGGCCCUGGCCACCGAGCCGCCCACCGAGUCUCUGCUGCUGAGGAAGCCCUACGGCCGCAACAAGCCGCUCAUCUCUCGCACCAUGAUGAAGAACAUCCUGGGCCACGGCGUCUACCAGCUCACCAUCAUCUUCACCCUGCUGUUCGCCGGGGAGCAGAUCUUCGACAUCGACAGCGGCCGGAACGCCCCGCUGCACGCGCCCCCGUCGGAGCACUACACCAUCGUCUUCAACACCUUCGUCAUGAUGCAGCUCUUCAACGAGAUCAACGCCCGCAAGAUCCACGGCGAGCGCAACGUCUUCGAGGGCAUCUUCAACAACCUCAUCUUCUGCUCCAUCGUCUUCGGCACCUUCGUCAUCCAGAUCGUGAUCGUUCAGUUCGGAGGGAAGCCGUUCAGCUGCGUGGCGCUGACCGUGGAUCAGUGGCUGUGGUGCGUCUUCCUGGGUUUCGGCUGUCUCCUGUGGGGACAGGUCAUCUCCUCCAUCCCCACCAGCCGGCUCAAGUUCCUGAAGACGGCGGGCCACGGCACGCAGAAGGAGGAGAUCCCCGACGAGGAGCUGGAGGACAUGGACGACAUGGAGGAGAUCGACCACGCCGAGCGCGAGCUGCGCCGCGGCCAGAUCCUCUGGUUCCGCGGGCUCAACCGGAUCCAGACCCAGAUCCGAGUGGUGAAUGCAUUCCGCAGUACCCUGUCCCCGUAUGAGGGCCUGGAGAAGCCCGAGUCCCGCAGCUCCAUCCACAACUUCAUGACGCACCCGGAGUUCCGGAUAGAGGACUCCGAGCCCCACAUCCCGCUCAUCGACGACACGGACGCCGAGGACGACGCGCCCACCAAGCGCAACUCCUCCUCGUCCCCGCGCGUCGCCACGCCCCCCCCGCCGCCCUCGCCCAACAAGAACAAUAACGCCGUGGAUGGCGACGGCGUCCUCGGCGUCCGCCUCUACCCGGAGACGGGCAAGUCCGGCAGCCCCCCGUCGCCGGCCAGCCCCCUGCACAGCCUGGAGACCUCGCUUUGAUCCCGCCCCCUCGCCAGCCACCCGUCACCCGCGUAGCGCAGCGGGGCUUUCUGGGGGGGGGGGGCGCAGCGCCACAGGGCGUCUCUGAAGGGGGCGGAGCAUCUCUGGAGGGGGCGGGACUGACCGGACCGCCCCUCCAUAAGCCCACAUGUACUGGACUGAAACAAAGAUGCAGGCAUUCGUCAGAAUGUAGGGUUUGAUUUUGCUGUAACAUUUUAAUUUUUUUUUAUUUUAUUUUAUUUUAUUUUGUUUUGUAAUUUCCCUCCUUAAGUGAAGAGGACACUUUGUUUCCACCCCUCCCUCCCUCCCCGAUAAAUAUUUUCUGGCAAAGAGAGGAGGGAUAUGUAUAAACUUGGAUUAAAAGUGACCUGUUUUUUGUAUUGUGUUUCAAUGAAGAAAAGGGGGAUGGGCGUUUCUUCUCGUGAGGAUGGUGCCAGUCUCUCUGUCUGGAUGAGUCGGGGUGUACAUCUGUCUGUCCUGCCCCUCGCUCAUUGGAACACUUUAAUUUCUUCUAUAUUGCCUGUUAAUAUUUUGAAUUAUUUAUGGUCUCAGAAAAGCAGGUCUGUUUACAUGGUUUGUAGAUACUUUUUUUUCAUGCGUUUGUAGGUGAAAAGGCUGAGGUCUGAGGAAGAGGAAAUGGGGGAGGGGGUAAGGGCGGUGGGGUGGGGUGGGUGGGCGGACGGGUGGGGGGGGGGCGUGUAGGGAGGGGGGCGUAAAAAAGGAACGAUGAAUUGUUUCAGAUACUGCUGUAUUUUCAGGAAAAAAAGGGUGUUUCUAUUGAAACUGAACUAUUUUGCCUGCAAGUUUUAUUUGUUAAAUAUUUGUAGAUAAAUAGAUCCUUAUAGCCAAAUAGAUGACACUAAGGCUUGUUUAGCAAUGAGCACAGGUGUUGUAGUCUGUUUGGGAUGGGUGGGCAGGGGGCGAAAGAGGACUCUGGCCUCUGUCCAUUUCACACUUCUAUAAAUAUGUCCUAUUGCAUUGCUUUAACACAUUUUCGAAGUUCAGUUUUGCGUGGCAUUCGUGGGAAAAACCCAUUUCUCAUAUUUUUCAGUCGGUUGAUUGAGGAGCCCUGGGCAGUAAUUCUUUAAAAACCGUUAUGACGUUUAGACGCAGCGAUGUAAACACAGAAAGUCCGCCGCUGGAACCUCCACCCUGAAGGGGUCCAUCACCGGAGGAGCUGAGGGCUCAGCUGGCCUUCUCCCUGCGAAAUCACGAGACAAUCCCUUAUUUUUCUACUACGAAGAUGGAGAAAAGCCCACGGGCUUCACAGCGACACGGACCAGCUCUCCCCUCAGCGGGGGCCGUACCUGCCAACGGACAGUGAUAUCUGACUUCUGUUUACUCAGGCUUAGGUUAAGGAUUCAGCUGAACAUGGUUUCAUUAAAACCCAAAAGAAGAAAAAAGCAUUUUAACCUCAGAUUUGUCUCUAGGUAGUCAUGUUGUCUUGGUCAAAAAGCGAGUGGAUUAUUUUUUUUUUUUUUAGUAAAACUGAAUACUUCCUUCAGAGUUGUGGGUGGUUGAAAUUUUCAGAAAUCAAAAAGAAAAAAGAUGUUUGUAUUUUUUUCUUCCUCUUGGUCCAUAAGACAUUGUUAUAAAAUAUUGCUGCAUUGAAUUUGUAGAAUUGUGACACCUGAUAUACUGGAAACACUAAAGAAUUGAUGUUAAUUUUUUGCAGAAAAAUAGGUAUACACUGGUAUCACUGCACAGGGUACUUUAUUUCAUAAUGCCUCCUGUUGGAAAAACUUUGAUACACACGACCAUGUAAAAUGUACCUUUGUAUUUUUUAUGGAAACGCAGAUAUUAACCUGCAGCCUACAGAACCAGAGCCUUGGGGCAUCAACACAAAUGCAUCUUUUGGUGAGGCUAGGGAUGAGAGAAGGGUUCUGGUAGAUCUGCUUAAAAAAUAUAUAUUUCUCAGGGUGGCAAAUAGUAUGAAACAGUUUGGCUUUUAUACGAGCCUGAACUCAAAAUAUGAGGUUUUUUUUCUUUUUUCUUUUUUUUUUUUUUGGUGUGAAAUGGCUUGUUCACCUUGUCGGUUGCAUUUGUUCAUAACAACAGAGUUCAGUUACUGUUGGUGGGUUCCUAACUCUUGCUCCCCCUUUAAACCUGGUGUUAAACAGGGUUCACUGCAUAGGGGAAUGAAGAGCGUUGGGGCCUGGUUUUCAGUAGGCUCAACCACAAAUUUAUACUUGGAUUCAACUGUGUUUUCCUUGUAUUACAAAUAAGAAGCAGCUUGAGUUCACGAAAAGGAAUGAAACUGAGGGAAAAAAAGAAUCCAUAAAAGCUCUAUUAUUUAGCAUCUUCCUGCAAAGGGAAAGAAUGUUUAUCCAUCUGUUUUAUGGAUUAUUAUUUUUUUAUCUAAGAUUUGGAAAUAAAGUACUUCAUGUCUGUUUAUCUUGAGCAAUGUAAAUGGUUAUCGUGAUUCGAUUUACAUUUGAAACUUGUCGAGUAAUGUGUAUGGUUUUUAAAAAUAAAAAAAAUUAAUAUUUAGCCUA